AUGGCGGAUGUAGAACAAUGGGCUCAUCUAUGGACGCUGUGCUUCACUCUGCUUUGUCUAUGGAGCGGUUCUGCAGCACAGAUAUCUUAUUCCAUUUUAGAGGAGGCGGAGAAAGGGACCACGGUUGGAAACAUCACUAAAGAUUUAAAACUGAAUUUACAGCAACUAGAAAUAACGGGGCUUCGUAUCACCUCUGCUCGUGAUAAGGAGUAUUUUGAUAUAAACAGGAAAAGUGGAAUUCUUUUUGUCAACGAAAGAAUAGACCGAGAAGAGCUUUGUCCCAAUGCGGUAAAGUGCGUUUUGAAUGUAGAAGCGAUUGUAAAUAAUCCACAUGGUUUACACAGGAUUGAAGUUGUUAUUCUUGAUAUAAAUGAUAAUGUUCCCGUUUUCACUGAAGAAAUAUAUACAAUAGACUUGUACGAAUCCUCGUAUGUUGGAGAAAAGCAUCCAUUACCAGUGGCGCAUGACGCAGAUUUAGGUAGUAACUCAGUAAAAACAUAUAAAUUAAGCCCAAACGAGUAUUUCUCGUUGGAUGUGCAGGAUGCUGGUGACCAACGCGUCACCGCUGAGCUCGUGUUGCAGAAAACACUGGAUCGAGAAAAACAGUCUGUAAUUGAUCUCACUUUGUCGGCUAUAGAUGGAGCAAAACCAGCUAAAACCGGAACAUUAGACCUAAGGAUUAAUAUCUUGGAUGUGAAUGAUAAUUCACCUGUGUUUAGUAAAAGCCUUUAUAAAACCCAGGUUGUUGAAAAUGCCGUUAUGGGCACAACACUGUUAACUCUGACCGCUACAGAUUUAGACGAAGGUGUUAAUGCUCAGCUUGUGUACUCAUUUGCAGACAGAGGACGCUUUAAAUCUGAUGAAAAGUUCACUAUAAACACAAAUACUGGUGAGAUUACAGUCAAAGGUGAUAUUGAUUAUGAGGAGAACCAAGCGUAUGAGAUCCGUGUUCAGGUGCGAGACAAAGGCGUGCCUCCGCGUCUUGCCCAUGGGAAAGUUUUAGUCGAGGUUAUAGAUGUAAAUGACAAUGCUCCAGAAAUUUCAGUUACCUCAAUGAUGAGUCCUGUGAAGGAAGAUGCUGAAAUAGGCACGGCUGUUGCCAUGAUAACUAUUACUGACAGAGAUGGAGGAAAAAACGGACUGACUGAUUGUAAAAUAGUGGGAGCGGCUCCAUUUAAACUAAACCGUAACUAUAAGAACUAUUAUUCCUUGUUGGUGGAUGGUCCUCUGGAUAGAGAGGCUGUGUCUGAGUAUAACAUUUCAAUUGUAGCCGCAGACGAAGGGACGCCAUCACUGUCCAGUGCCAGUGUCAUUCAGGUGAAAGUUGCGGAUGUUAAUGACAACCCGCCACGCUUUCAGGAACCUGUGAUCAAUAUUUAUGUGAAAGAGAACAGUCAGAUAGGCUCUGUCAUUUACACGCUCACGUCGUCAGAUUUAGAUUCAACUGACAACGCCAAAGUAUCUUACAGUUUGUUAAAUAGUGGUAAAAAUAAUGUUCCCGCAUCAUCAGUCAUUAAUAUUAACUCAGACACAGGAGACAUAGUGAGUCUCCAGACUUUUAACUUUGAGGAGCUGAAAACGUUUCAGUUUAAGGUCCAGGCCACAGACUCUGGUGUCCCUCCGCUCAGCAGCAACGUGACUGUGAACGUUUUUAUUCUGGAUGAAAAUGACAAUAGUCCCACGAUCCUGGCGCCCUAUUCUGAGCACGGCUCCGUUAACAGUGAGAGCAUCCCCUAUUCCGCUGAAGCGGGCUACUUUGUGGCAAAGAUCAGGGCUGUAGACGCAGACUCUGGGUACAACGCGCUGCUUUCUUAUCACCUGACUGAGCCCAAAGGGAACAACCUGUUCCGGAUCGGGACCAGCACCGGAGAGAUCCGCACCAAGAGGAGGAUGAGUGACAAUGACCUGAAAAGUCACCCCUUGGUGGUGCUGGUGUGUGAUAACGGAGAGCCCUCCCUGUCCGCCACUGUGUCUAUUGAUGUAGUGGUGGUGGAGAGCACAGCGGACAUUCAGACUCAGUUCAGACAUGUGCCCAUAAAGGAGGACAGCUUCUCGGAUUUAAACCUGUACCUGCUCAUCGCCAUUGUGGCGGUGUCAGUCAUCUUUCUGCUCAGCCUCAUCACGUUAAUAGCAGUGAGAUGUCACAGGACAGAGAGCUCUUUCAGCAGGUACAGCGCCCCCAUGAUCACCACCCACCCUGACGGGAGCUGGUCCUACUCCAAAUCCACUCAGCAGUAUGACGUGUGCUUCAGCUCAGACACACUCAAGAGCGACGUAGUGGUUUUCCCCGCCCCGUUUCCUCCUGUAGAUGCGGAACUGAUCAGUAUUAAUGGAGGAGACACUUUCACCAGGACACAGACUUUACCCAGUACAGAGAAGACACAAAACUUGGAUUAUAACUUGACUUUUCCCACAAUGGCGGAUCUAGAACAAUGGGCUCAUCUAUGGACGCUGUGCUUCACUCUGCUUUGUCUAUGGAGCGGUUCUGCAGCACAGAUAUCUUAUUCCAUUUUAGAGGAGGCGGAGAAAGGGACCACGGUUGGAAAUAUCACGAAAGAUUUAAAACUGAAUUUACAGCAACUAGAAAUAACGGGGCUUCGCAUCACCUCUUCUCGUGAUAAGGAGUAUUUUGAUAUAAACAGGAAAAGUGGAAUUCUUUUUGUCAACGAAAGAAUAGACCGAGAAGAGCUUUGUCCCAAUGCGGUAAAGUGCGUUUUGAAUGUAGAAGCGAUUGUAAAUAAUCCACAUGGUUUACACAGGAUUGAGAUAGUUAUUCUUGAUAUAAAUGACAAUGUUCCGAGUUUUAUUAAAGAACUGUAUACCAUUGAAAUGUUCGAAUCCUCAUAUGCUGGCGAAAAGCGCCCUCUCCCCGCUGCUCGUGACGCAGAUGAAGGCAGUAAUUCAGUAAAGACAUAUAAAUUAAGCCCAAACGAGUAUUUCUCGUUGGAUGUGCAGGAUGCUGGUGACCAAAGCGUCACCGCUGAGCUCGUGUUGCAGAAAACACUGGAUCGAGAAAAACAAUCUGUUAUUGACCUCACUUUGUCGGCUAUAGAUGGAGCAAAACCAGCUAAAACCGGAACUGUACAUCUGAAGAUUAUUGUUUUAGAUGUGAAUGAUAAUACGCCUGAAUUUAGUAAGAACCUUUACAAAACCCAGGUUAUUGAAAAUGCCGUUAUGGGCACAACACUGUUAACUCUGACCGCUACAGAUUUAGACGAAGGCGUCAAUGCUCAGCUUGUGUACUCGUUUGUAGAAAGCGAUCUUUUUAAUCCCAACGAAAAGUUCACUAUAAACACAAAUACUGGUGAGAUUACAGUCAAAGGUGAUAUUGAUUAUGAGGAGAACCAGGCGUAUGAGAUCCGUGUUCAGGUGCGAGACAAAGGCGUGCCUCCGCGUCUUGCCCAUGGGAAAGUUUUAGUCGAGGUUAUAGAUGUAAAUGACAACGCUCCAGAAAUUUCAGUUACUUCAAUGAUGAGUCCUGUGAAGGAAGAUGCUGAAAUAGGCACGGCUGUUGCCAUGAUAACUAUUACUGACAGAGAUGGAGGAAAAAACGGACUGACUGAUUGUAAAAUAGUGGGAGCUGCUCCAUUUAAACUAAACCGUAACUAUAAAAACUAUUAUUCCUUGUUGGUGGAUGGUCCUCUGGAUAGAGAGGCUGUGUCUGAGUAUAACAUUUCAAUUGUAGCCGCAGACGAAGGGACGCCAUCACUGUCCAGUGCCAGUGUCAUUCAGGUGAAAGUUGCGGAUGUUAAUGACAACCCGCCACGCUUUCAGGAACCUGUGAUCAAUAUUUAUGUGAAAGAGAACAGUCAGAUAGGCUCUGUCAUUUACACGCUCACGUCGUCAGAUUUAGAUUCAACUGACAACGCCAAAGUAUCUUACAGUUUGUUAAAUAGUGGUAAAAAUAAUGUUCCCGCAUCAUCAGUCAUUAAUAUUAACUCAGACACAGGGGACAUAGUGAGUCUUCAGUCUUUUAACUUUGAGGAGCUGAAAACGUUUCAGUUUAAGGUCCAGGCCACAGACUCUGGUGUCCCUCCACUCAACAGCAACGUGACUGUGAACGUUUUUAUUCUGGAUGAAAAUGACAAUAGCCCCACGAUCCUGGCGCCCUAUUCUGAGCACGGCUCCGUUAACAGUGAGAGCAUCCCCUAUUCCGCUGAAGCGGGCUACUUUGUGGCAAAGAUCAGGGCUGUAGACGCAGACUCUGGGUACAACGCGCUGCUUUCUUAUCACCUGACUGAGCCCAAAGGGAAUAACCUGUUCCGGAUCGGGACCAGCACCGGAGAGAUCCGCACCAAGAGGAGGAUGAGUGACAAUGACCUGAAAAGUCACCCCUUGGUGGUGCUGGUGUGUGAUAACGGAGAGCCCUCCCUGUCCGCCACUGUGUCUAUUGAUGUAGUGGUGGUGGAGAGCACAGCGGACAUUCAGACUCAGUUCAGACAUGUGCCCAUAAAGGAGGACAGCUUCUCAGAUUUAAACCUGUACCUGCUCAUCGCCAUUGUGGCGGUGUCAGUCAUCUUUCUGCUCAGCCUCAUCACGUUAAUAGCAGUGAGAUGUCACAGGACAGAGAGCUCUUUCAGCAGGUACAGCGCCCCCAUGAUCACCACCCACCCUGACGGGAGCUGGUCCUACUCCAAAUCCACUCAGCAGUAUGACGUGUGCUUCAGCUCAGACACACUCAAGAGCGACGUAGUGGUUUUCCCCGCCCCGUUUCCUCCUGUAGAUGCGGAACUGAUCAGUAUUAAUGGAGGAGACACUUUCACCAGGACACAGACUUUACCCAGUACAGAGAAGGUAUGGAUCGCAUUUCUCUUGGUAUUUUAA